AUGACGCCCAGAGGCUGCCUCCUUGGGCAGGUGGGCGUGGACCCCAUCAUUGUGAGCCAAGUCACCCUUGGGCCACAGAGCUGGGAGCUGGGGGAUAGCCACUUCAAUUUAUUUAUCUUCGAGGCCGAGACUUUUUUUCAGCCAAUCAGCUUGCGGAAACGCCUCCGGCCUGACCAAUGGGAGGAGCCCGUCGUACGAAAGGCCGCCCACUGGGGCGAGAGCGGCGCGGUAUUUGAAUCCUGGAACGAGGCGACCACGCGAAGAUCCCCAGCGGUGCAGCCGGGAUCGCAGCCCGAACGGCGCCGCGGAAGCCUGUGCCCUCCCGCCCCAGUCCGCGUCCGGCCCUGGGCCGGGCUUGCGCUCUCGCCUGCCCCGUUCCUCAUGGCGCUGCUCCGACGCCCGGCGGUGCCCACUGAUUUGGAGAAUAUCUACACAGGAGUGAAUUCAAAAGCAAAGAGUCAUGUGACUAUCAGACGGGCAGUUUUGGAAGAAAUUGGAAAUCAAGUCACAACCAGAGCCACACAAGGAGCUAAGAAAGGUCAGAACGCCGAAGUACCUGCGCAGCCCACCAAAACAACAAAUGCGAGCCAACCGCAGAAACCUACCGCUUCUGUGAAACCAGUACAGGUGGAAAUGUUGGCUCCAAAGAUGAACUGCCCGAAGCUUCACGCAGUGUCUUUCAGGAAGGUCCCGUGAGAUCCAGCAUCAGUGGGUGCUCAGGGUGGCAGCUCAGCAAAGUGCUCUCCAUGCCCCCCUCCUCGGAGGCCUCACUCCCCUCUUCCCUCCCUCCAGCCCCCCCGCUGGCACUGCUCUCCCUCAGGAAGUGUCAGCGCAGAGGCUUCUGCCUCACACUGCUCCUUAGGGAAC